UCCUCCUUUCCAACCGUUAUUUCACAGAGCUUUGAACACUUCUUUGACAAGACAGGUAAUAAUUGCAUGGAAAGUAUCAGUUAGUCCCUCUAAUCCUGUCUGUACAAUAAAUCCCUGCAACUCUCGAGUGAACCAAAUCUGAAGUUUCUGCUGCAUCCUGGAUUGUACUCUUGAUUUUAAGAAUAUAAAAUCAUCCAACUAUGGAGAUGGUAUUUCUCUUCUCGUUUGGAGGCUCAGUCUCUAAAUGAACAAAGGGACAAAUCAAUUUGACUAGAGCUCCACACAUUAGCACUAUGGCCACCUUCAUCCCUCCGAAGGUUAACAAUUUUGUCGCCUGGGAUUAUGUGGUCUUUGCAGCACUCUUUCUGGUUUCAUCUGGCAUAGGAGUCUUUUUUGCAAUCACAGAGAGGAAUAAAGCCACUUCCAAGGACUUCUUAGUUGGCGGCAGGCAGAUGACUUGUGGACCAGUAGCUCUAUCACUCACUGCUAGUUUCAUGUCAGCAGUGACCGUGCUGGGAACACCAGCCGAGGUGUAUCGACAUGGGGCUUCCUUCAUUCUGUUCUUCCUCGCAUAUAUGUUUGUCAUCAUUUGUACUUCAGAACUUUUCCUACCUGUGUUCUACAGAUCUGGCAUCACAAGCACUUAUGAGUACUUGGAGUUAAGGUUUAACAAGCCCGUUCGCAUGGCUGCAACCUUGAUUUAUAUAGUGCAAACGAUUCUUUACACUGGAGUGGUCGUCUAUGCUCCAGCCCUGGCUCUCAAUCAAGUGACUGGAUUUAAUCUUUGGGGCUCAGUAUUUGCAACAGGAAUUGUUUGCACCUUCUACUGUACCCUGGGCGGAUUAAAGGCAGUUGUCUGGACAGAUGCCUUUCAACUGAUUGUUAUGGUGAUUGGGUUCGUAACAGUAUUGGUUCAAGGAACUCUUAAGAAUGGGGGCCUUACAAACAUUUGGGAAGAUGCCCAGAAUGGCUCACGCCUCAAUAUAUUUGACUUUGAUGUCGAUCCCCUGAGAAGGCAUACCUUUUGGACAAUUGCUAUAGGAGGGACAUUUACCUGGUUAGGAAUCUAUGGAGUCAAUCAGUCCACAAUGCAAAGAUGCAUUUCCUGCAAAACCGAAAAGCAUGCCAAGGCUGCACUGUAUCUAAAUUUACUGGGGCUGUGGGUCAUCCUGACAUGUGCAGUCCUUUCAGGAUUGGUGAUGUAUUCCCAUUUCCAGACCUGUGACCCUUGGACGGCUGGUUUUAUUUCAGCACCUGAUCAGCUAAUGCCGUAUUUUGUUAUGAUCAUCUUUUCCACAACCCCUGGACUACCAGGAUUAUUUGUUGCAUGCGCCUUCAGUGGAACAUUAAGCACUGUGGCUGCAAGUAUAAAUGCUCUGGCAACUGUCACAUUUGAAGAUUUUGUCAAGCACUGCUUACCAAACCUCUCUGAACGUACGAGCACUUGGGUCAGCAAAGGCUUAUGCAUAGUAUUUGGAGUGCUAUGUACUUCCAUGGCCGUAGCAGCAUCGUUCAUGGGUCCUGUUGUGCAGGCUUCACUUAGCAUUCAUGGGAUGUGCGGGGGACCUAUGCUGGGAUUAUUUACCCUAGGGAUCAUUUUCCCCUGUACCAACUGGAAAGGUGCUUUGGGAGGUCUCCUUACUGGAAUCACUUUGGCAUUUUGGGUUGGCAUUGGAGCUUUUGUGUACCCUGCUGAAGCUGCAAAGGCCCUUCCAUUAUACCUUUCCACAGCUGAGUGCAUUGUCAAUGAUACAGAGACUGUGCCCACUAUGUUCCCUACUUCAUCUCCCAUCAGGCCACAUCUGGCAGAUACGUGGUAUUCUCUCUCCUAUCUUUACUACAGUGCUGUUGGGUGUCUUGGAUGUAUUGCUGCAGGGCUUCUGAUCAGUUCGGUUACAGGUCCAAAUAAAGGAGAAGAUAUCAAGCCACUCUUAAUUUGCCCUGUCUGCAACCUGUUUUGCUUCUGGUCUCAUAAAUGCAAACACUUGUGCUGGUGUGGAGUGGACCAUGAUGACAGCAAAGGACUUCAUGAGGGAUCAGAAGGUGAUCUGCAAAAAGGUCUUGGAAAGAAGGCAGAAGCAAAUGAUGCCCUUGCGAAUGGAUUCAAUAAAGAAAUGCUGAGUCACUUACCUGGUUACAACCCAAGUGAAAAAUCCUACACUAAUACAAGCAUAGACACGGAAUCUUACUUUUAGGAUGUACAGGAAAAGAGAUCAUCCUGCUAACCAUAGGAAUAUCAUGAAAUUGUCCAAACUUUAGGAAAACAAAUCAGUGGCACUAGGAGUAGCCAAGGAGGCAUUUAAUUAUAAUUUAGUAGAGGGUUAGAAGGUGCAUUUAUUUUUAUUUUCCGAAGUCAUUUUAUAACACGGGAAUUCUUUCUAAGACUCAGUGGUGGUGAAUGUGGCAAGAGAAAAGAUGGAAAGACACAUAUAUGUGCGUGUUUUUCAGGAAGAAUGGAGUGUGCAGUUAACACGCUAAAAGU